AUGGCAACUUCAACAAUCACCACAGACGAUGUAAUUUCUGAGCUCCGACGACAAUUUCCCCGACAAGUCUUCGAAGAGAAGGAUUCCGCGUACAAAUUUCUUCAGGAUAGUUACUGGUCUGGAAAUCAAAAGGCCUUAAAGCCUCGAUGUUUCUUCCAACCACAUAGCGCAGAAGACCUCGCUCGAGCUGUCACUUUGUGUGCAACAACACGAUCUCCCUUUGGGGUGAAGAGCGGUGGUCAUGGGCAUUUCGCAGGGCAGUCCUGCCUUGAUGGCGGUGUCCAACUGGAUCUGGUCAAGCUUAAUACCAUUUCCAUUGAUAAAAGUAAGGGAACUGUUCUCGUUGGUACAGGCAGUACUUGGGGAUCCGUCUACAUAAAACUGCAGAAUGAAGGAUUGAUCGCGGUUGGUGGGAGAGCCUUUGAUGUUGGGGUUGGCGGCUUUUUAGUUGGAGGAGGCCUGUCAUUCUAUGCUGCUCGGCGUGGCUGGGCCAUCAACCACGUCCGUUCUUUCGAGGUCGUUCUUAGUAACGGCAGUGUGGUUACGGCCAGCCGAGACAGCGAGCCCAGCCUCUUUCGUGCCCUACGAGGUGGAGGCUCCAAUUUCGGCAUUAUCACGGCGUUCGAGCUGGAGACUUAUCCGUACAGUGGGAUGUGGGGUGGUCGCCGAUUGAUCGAGAGUGUACAUGCCAAGCAGGCCAUCGACGCUUACGCUGGCUUCGUACAAGCGCUGGAGGCCAACCCUAAAGGCCAUACUAUCAUUAUUUUCACCUACGACGGCGGGCCUUUACAGUUACUUCAGUACCUUGUCCAUACAGAGCCAGUUGAAGAUUUGCCUGUGUUUGAUGACCUUCGCAAAGUACCUGCAGUGGAGUCUUCACUCGGACUGACCGACUACUCUACCCUGGCGUCGAACAUAGCCAAUCUCCAACAUUUCAAUAAGGAUCGUGCAGCUACUGCCACACUCACAUUCAGACUAGACAAGGAGCUACUCGACUUUGCCUUCAAUGUUUUCGUCCAAGAGGCUGCGCCGAUUUCACCACACAUCAGAGGAACGAUGGAAUUUCAUGCAAUUCCUCGUACCUUAAGUCCCGCAGGCAAUGUUUUCGGGCUGGAUGAUAUUGAUGGACCUCUCGUAUCAUUUUUGCUGAUAUUUAGCACCAAGCUAGAGCGAUAUGACGCUGAGGUUAUCGCCAUCCAGCAACGUAUUAUUGGAAGGGUUAAGGAAGAAGCGGUGAAGCGGAACCUCUACCACCCUUUUCUUUUCGCAAAUUAUGCUGGCGAAUGGCAGGAUGUGAUUGGCAGCUACGGCGACGCCAACGUGAAGUUUUUGUCAGAGGUGGGCAAGGUCUACGAUCCCAAUAAAGUUUUCCAGUGCUUGCAAUCGGGCUCAUUCAAAGUGAGCGCUGCUAGUCAAAACACAAAGCUUUAG